GAAUGUUGUUCCAUACCUGCUGCACAUAAAACGAACACCUCAGAUUGACACUAUGCCUUGUUCCUGCACCGGUUUGAUUCACAUUGAUAAUACCUACAUUCACCAUGGACUCGUUUGAAUCAGGAAACAAAUUGGGGAAAUGUCCCUACAAAAUAUCAGGGGAUGUCUCAAAAACCAAAAAGGGAUUGAUUGUCCUUCAGGAAUGGUGGGGACUCAAUGAUCAAAUCAAGAAUGUGGCUGUCUCGAUAGGAAACAUGGGAAACUUCGUGACGCUUGUUCCCGAUCUUUACCGAGGCAAAAAAACUACCGACAACGAAGAGGCCGGUCAUUUUAUGGGUAAUCUAGAUUGGGAAGGGGCAGUUCUUGACAUUCAAGGUGCAGCAAAGAAGCUAAAGAGUAUGGGUUGUACCAAGGUUGGAGUGACCGGAUUCUGUAUGGGUGGAGCGUUGUCACUGGCGUCUGCUGUACGGGUAUCGGAAAUAGAUGCAGCAGCGUCCUUUUACGGAAUCCCUGGUGACGGCCUUGCGGACGUUUCCAAAAUUCGCAUCCCUCUCCAGUGUCAUUUCGGCACCAAAGACGCAGUAGAGGGGUUUUCCUGUCCGAAGUCACAGGCCAAACUGAGGGAGAAGUUGGAUAACGGAAAGGUUGCGUAUGAUUUUUUCUCUUACGACGCAGGACACGCCUUCACCAACGAGACAUCUCCGAACUACUAUAAGGAUUGCAGUGAUCUGGCUCUCGGAAGACUAGUGGAUUUCAUGAACAAAAACCUUUAAGAUUUGAAAUUGUCUUCAGUUGUCAAAUUAUUUCAGUUAUAGAUUUGAUGAUACAUAUACGUUGUAAAUGUGGUUUAUGUACAUAAUAAUCACAUAGUUUAUUUUCACAAGUGGCACCAGUAAAACUGGCGUGUUGUUUAAAAUGAUAAUAAUGGCACAUGUAGUAUGAUAUAGUGCCCUCAAACCAAAUAAAGUAAGAAUUCAAGAACCAUUCGCUGAAGAUACAUAGCUUGUUACCUUGUACGUAAUAUUGUUUUCUUCAAUAAAAUAUUCAAGUGUU